AUGUUUAAAACUAUCCUUAUCACUGGUGCGACUGGGACCCAGGGAGGCGCAGUAAUCAGGGCGAUCGCCGCGCUUCCUAGAUCUGAAUUUACUAUACUAGCUUUGACCCGAGAUAUCAAUUCCCAAAGCUCAAAGAAUUUGGUCAAGAAGUAUCCCACGGUCAAAUUGGUUGCCGGAGACCUCAAUGCCCCUGAUGACAUAUUUAAGACGAUCGACUCUCCAGUGUGGGGUGUUUUCAGUGUUCAGACUCCAUUCGGCAAGGCCGCAAGCUUGGAAUCGGAGGUGACACAGGGGAAGGGUCUUGUCAAUGCCGCAUUGAGAAACAACGUCAAGCAUUUUGUUUACUCCUCGGUUGACCGAGGGGGCCCACGGAGUGAUGAAGGAGAACCUAGUCCUGUCCCACAUUUUGAAACCAAGCGCCAAAUCGAAGAUCAUCUGCGUUUGCAGGCCGACAACUCUGAAAUGGGAUAUGUUAUCCUUCGCCCAGUCUUCUUCAUGGAGAACCUCACAGACGACAUGCAAGGGAAACUCAUCGCAGCGGCAUGGCGGAUGAGCGUUGAUCCUAAGAGACUGCAACUCGUCGCCAUCUCUGACAUUGGUCACUUCGCGACCCAAGCCUUUGCAAAACCGGAUGAAUAUGUCGGGCGUGCGAUCAGUAUUGCGGGUGAUGAACUGACCCACCAAGAAGCGUCUUCCAUAAUGCGAGUGCAAACAGGCUCUGCAUUGCCGACAGGCUCAAGUUUCCUGGCAUGGCUACUAUUGAGAGCAGUCAAGGAUCUUAGAUUCAUGUUCAGAUGGUUCCGCGAGGAUGGAUAUGGUGCCGAUAUUUCACUCUUGAGACGCGAAUACCCAGGUUUACAAAAUUUCGAGACCUGGGUAUCUUUGAACAGAAAGGAACGCAGGGUAUGA